CUUUCCUCAACUCUCCAGGUACUCCCAGCUUCCGUCUCCAGCAUGGGCCUCUCGCAGAGCCAGCCCUCUGACCCAGCACCGACACCACCGCGCUCCGGCGUUGCGGCGUACUUUCUGCCCGCGCCGAGCGCGCAGUUGACGCACGACCAUCCCCGCUCCGCGGCGACCGCCGCCGCCAUCGAGGCGCACCUCCUCGACCGCCUGCCGCCAGAUAUCGUGCAGCGCAUCCUCGACAUGGCGGGGAUGUGGGUCGUGUGCCGGCGCACAAAUCGGCGUCCGCUCGUCGUGCAAGCUGGCGGGGCGGAGCCACACGGUGUCCGCGGCGCCGACUGGAGCACGGGGCAAGAGGGCGAGGUGCAUAGCUUGCGAGACGGCCCGGGGGACGUGUGGUAUCUCGUCUCGGCGCCCGUGGGGUGCAUCUCGGACGAGCAGGAGCGGGCAGGGCGGGAACGGGAGGACUGGGAGGCGCUCGAUGGGCCCACGGUGCUGGGGCACGAGCGAGCGGCGUGGAUCGCUGCGAGUCGGAAGCAGCGCCUUGAACGCAGUGCACCAGGCGAGGAUGAGGAUCGGAUUGGAGAAGGAGAAGAAGAAGAACGAGGCGAGGAGGAUAAGUCCGACCGCCCGACGUGGUGGCUCCGCCGCAUUGUCCUCGAGACGUUUUCGCGCGACCAGGGGUGGACGGUCAACGACGACCACUACGGCACGUAUGUGUGGUCGUACUCGUGGUUUGAGCUCGGCCUGCUGCGGAACGGACGAGAGGUCGGGGAACGGCAUCUCGUGCAGUUCAAUGUGGUUGCCGGCCAGUACUUCAAGGUCCAUCGCAUCGAGCUGGACGGGACACACCCGCUCGUGCAGGCAGCACGGGACGGGGACCGCAUCGUGGUCUGGGUGCGGGCGAUAGAGCCCGGGUGGCAGAACGUGGUCAAACGAGCAGCGCUGACGCUGCAUGCGGCACCCUACGCACCGCAAUAAUUUCCUCUCUCUGUAGCCUCUCCGUGUUGUACUUGGCCUCUUGAGCCGGCUAUGCCACUUAUUUUGGCGCAAGUAGCCCCAGCGCAAGUAUCCCCAGCUGAGGAUAAGCAGUUGGAUGCUGGCUGCUGCCUGUCCCAGUCAAUUGGUGACAACCAAGACCGCACGCGUCCCCUUCGA